AUGGCUCAUGCUCAACAUGUUAUUGAUCAAUAUCAAAAUGGUAACAAUAUCGAUGAUGACAAUACACCUGUAUCCAUUCACGUAGAAGAAAUUGAACGUCACAUUAAUGUACAAGGCAAUGAUGAUUAUGAUCUUAUUCUACCAUACUAUAUAGCAAAUAUUCCGAAAGAUAUUAUCAAUGGUAGAUAUCAGUUUAUUUUUUUCUUAUCUGAAUACUAUGAUGCAAAAUAGAUCAUUCUAAUUUGCAGAGAUGUGAGAGUUAGAAAAUCUUUUUCACUUCCAAAUAUAUUCAGUACUUAUCAAGUUUUUUUUCUAUACCAGAACGACUGAUGCAACUUUGAACAAAAAAAAAAAAAGAAACUUUAAUGAAUAGUACAUGUAUAUUUAUUUU